AUGCCGUCGCUCGACUAUCCCAACCCUUACGAUCCAGCUCUUCCUCCAUGUUCCGAUAUGCCCUCUCCCAAGGACGAUGACAAACCCCGCCGUCGCAAAAAGGACCUCGACCGUGAGCGCGACUCAACCACAACGCCCCGCGAAAAACAACGAUCGCACAAGUCUUCGAGCUCCACCAAGCUUCCUCUGCCUAAGCGGGCAGGCAGCAGGGAGCGGGACCGCGACCGUGACUCUCCCCGACCAGUGUCGAGCUCGGAUAGGGCGUCUGCCCGGACGCCCACCAAAGAAAAGAGACUAUCCCCCAAAUAUCCUCUCCCGGAAAUGGACCGUCGUGUGACCUCUUCAUACCCCAGUUUCAGCAAGGCACACAGCAGGGAAUCUGUUAGAGAACAUGGCCCAGAUGGAGCAGAGGGAGGGGAUGAGGAGACGAAGAGGAGAAACUCCUCUCAGUCAGUCAAUGCUGCUGCUGCCGCCCCGAGUCGGGCUCCGCCCAGUCCACCGCUCACCGCCGAGGAUCCGGAUAUCAACCGUUCAGGCAGUGGGAGGAGCAUGCGUGAUGAAGCAGACGUAAAGGUCAAGGCGGACACAGGACGAAGGAGUGUAGACAGUGGAUCGAGGAGCAAAGGCGUAAAGAGUGAAAAGUCGGCUGCUAGUCUUCACAAGGAGGCACGGUUCGUUGGGUCAGAGAUCUCAGGCAUGCCUGGAACCUUCCCAGAAGACGAGCGCAAGUCAACACCGAACAGCAGUUAUCGCCGUACAGCAUCAACUACCUCGCACACUGCGUCUCAACCGGCCUCAACUCUUACCGAGGACACCACCGACUCGGACGCCACAUCGAUCGCUCCCGAUCGGAAACCCAGCCGCAGGCCACAUCACAUUGCAACAAAGAACGAAUACCUCCCCACAAAUGGAGAUCACUCGCAACCGAGAACGCCUACCCAAGAUCCCGAUUUUGCACCUCACAUGAGAGCUACUCCAGUGAUUGAUGUCGGCAUGGCCAAUACUCACACGGCAAGGUCCUUUGCAACUCCCUUGACAGCCAAGCAGAUGCCCAUGCCUCCACCACCGCCUCCGCCACCUAUUGCUGGACCUAAAGAAGCUCCCAGGGUUGACUACCUCCUCAAGCACGGCGGGUUGUCGUAUCCAGUCCCGAAGAGGCUCGUGCAGACUGGUCCUUCGGUUCCGGUUCAGCAGUACAAUGUCUAUCAGUCUCCAGCACUCAGUCAGGCUGCACCCAUGGAGGAGUAUGCAAAGGUGUUCGGCGGAAUUCACAAACGAUUGGACGAUUAUCUGCAGGUCAUCCGCAACAAUGGGUCCCUGGCGGUCGCCACUGGAUACAAGUCUGUGGCACGUCGACUGCUCGAUAAGCUAUCGCAAGUCUUUGCUCGCGACAUCUCGUCUCAGCGCUGCGACUGUGUCGUUUGUAAGACGGUCCCACAGCCGAGCCUUUCCGAUGAAGAGGACAGCGGUGUGAGCUGGGGUGAGAUUUUGGAGUUUGUGGCUGGACGCCGUGAGCUACCACAGUGGCCUCCUUUUUCGAUUCAGCCCGAUGAUAGUGGACUUGGGAUUUCGGGCGCCACAUCAGCCCCCAUGCAGAAACUCGACAUUGAUGUUCCCGACGAGUAUCGGGACCACYACAUCCGACAGAACCAGAAGACAAAGCGAGCGGUGCAAAGCUGGCUGUCGCAGCAGCCCGACGUCCCCGAGAGUCCACCAGAGGAGGCUGACGAGGAUACUCUAAUGUUCGCCAUGAUGACCAAAUUGACAAUGCAACAACGGAACCUCUUCAUAGCCCUGAUGCAUGGACAGAAUUUCGUCUCGGAGGCCCGGGCGCCGACACCCGCUGAACGUYCCUCCACGUCCUCCAACGCGCUCAGGAGGGCGAAGAAUGCUCUUCAACGGCUGUAUCGACUGGAUAGACCACCACGAGAUUGCGAGAGCGCCAUGUAUCUUCUUAACAAUCCUCAUUUACACGGCAUGCUCGCAACGCUUGCAGAAGUCAAUGAGGGUGAGUGGGACAUACUCAUCUCGGGAAGGUUUGAUGGCUUCCUGUGGUCCGGCGCAGAAGCGGYGUUCCCUCCCUCUGUCUCUGCGUUUGCGUCGCAAGCUUCGUCGCGGGUGCCAUCCAGAGCAGCGAAUGCCACGCCGUACUCGCGGAAUGGGACGCCAUUCAGUGGACUCAGUGCCAUACCCUCACGCAACACCACCCCUUUCAGCCCGGAUGCAAUACAAAUGCCGUCAAUGUUCCYAACUCGAGGUCCAACGCCUGGCCCUAAUGGUAUGGGUGUUGCUCCACCCGCACCAGUCCAGCUCGAUGAGGAUACCGAGAUUGCAGUCGCUGCUGAGUUGGAGCGCAAUCUAUUCCUGGACAUGGAACGUCUGGAAGAUGCAUUUGAGAUUCUUCAUGGAAGAGCAGAGUUGGUUCGCCAAAUGCUCCGUGAACGAUCCGCUGGUCUAUCUGCCCAGGCUCAGCUUCGUCGCGGAUACGGAGAUCCCGUUGGCGUGCGACUAGACACGCCUGCGAGUGGCAUGACAGACUUUGAGGAAGAAGAGGACGACGGGCUAGGCGAUACCGCCAGUCUAGCGCCCGAUGACAGUGCCAGCCAGAUUAGUGUCAAUCGCCGCCAUCGCCACAGACAGCGCGAACGCAAGACACCACUGCCCGAGGCUCUUCCGGAAGAGGACGAGAGCGUGUUCGAAGAGCAUAACGACCGCGCUCGGAAGGAACGCAGCGGGAGACGAUCAAAAUACUGA